CCCGCCCUCCCAGCCAACGAUCUCUCCGACGACCUCCUCCGCUUCCUUUCUCAAACCCUAACCCUAACCUUAUCCAUCUCCCACCAGUGCCGCUACCUCGAGCCUCCUUCCGGCCGACUCCAAACUCAGAGCGACCUCGCUGCUGCGGCAGCUUCUCUCGACCAGCACGCUGCUGAUGCUGAAUUUCUUCUCCGCUCCGGCGCCCUUGUCGACCCUUUUGCUUCUCCUUCCUCUUCCUCCCGCCGCGAAGCCUUGCGAACGGAGGUCCGGUCGCUUAUCACCCGCCUGCAGAUCGGAACCGUGGCGUCGCGGAUCCCGGCGCUGGAUUCACUUAUUUUAAUGCUCCAUGGAGAUGACAAGAACGUGAUUAUUGCCGCCACGCAGGGCUUGGUUCCCGCGCUGGUUCGCCUACUCGAUUGCGCCUCACUUUCCAAUUCUCAAGCGAGGGAGAAAGCUGUAGCGGCAAUUGCUAGGGUUUCCUCCUUGGAGAGCUGCCGCCAUCUGCUCGUCUCUGAAGCCUCGUUUCUCGUGAGUCAUCUCUCACGUGUUCUCGUUGAGCCCGACGGCGAUGGAUCUGCAAAAGAGAAGGCCUGCGUUGUUCUCCAAACACUAACCCUACAGAAAGACAUUGCUAUGACCGUCGGCUCAGGGGGGACAAUCUCUAUUCUUCUCGAAACAUGCCGCUCCGGCACUCCUUCGGCUCAGGCCGCUGCCAUUGGUGUUCUGAAAAACCUCGCCGCCGUGCCGGAACUAAGGGAAAACCUGAUCGAGGAGAACGCAGUCCCCGUGCUUAUCAGAGUUCUUCAAUCAGGAACUCUUCUUGCUCGGGAAAACUCGACCUCCUGCCUAUGCAAUCUGACCGCAGGGGAAGACAACCAUAGCAUAAAGCUCGCCCUUGUCCAACAAGGCGUUCUGGAUUGCCUCAGAAAUUACUGGGAAGCCCCAGCCACGGACAACCGAGACCUCGAGCCUGCCAUUAGGCUGCUCCGCAAUCUCUCAUCUUCCAUUGUCUUUUCUGAGAUCAUUAUCUCCUCGGGAUUCCUUUCUAGGAUAAUCCUCGCGCUAGAUUGCUCAUCAGCCGGAACAAGAACAGAGGCGAUGAGUGCUGUUUCUGAACUAGCCCUCGUCUGCACGAACAAGGACGGAUUGGAUUGCGCCAUGCCAAAGAUUGUGAGGACGUUGGAAGCCAAAGGGGCAGAGGAGAAGGUGGCGGCGGUGAAAGCCUUGGCCUCGCUGAUGACAUUUUCAGUUUGCAGGAGAUUGAUGAGGAAGGAUGAGAAGGGAAUUCUCACUCUCAUCACGCUGCUGGACUCCUCGGUUUGCAAUGUGGAGAAGAAGCAUAUAGUGACAGUAUUGCUGGCGGUGGCACAGAGCAGGCGUUGCAGGAAGUUAUUGGUGGCUUCUGGUGCUCGUGGCUUGUUGCCACGGCUUGAGAGCAUGGACUUUGAAGGUGCCAAGAAGCUCUGUGAGCUCUUGUCCAAAGGUAAGCUUUUGGGUGUGUUUCCAAGAAGCGGAAGGCAAGUAUAAGCAUAUGGAAGCUUCCUUUUUGUUUAUUUUUAUGGAUCAAAUUGCUUCAUUUUUCUGGACUCUGUACAUGAUUUAAUGUUAUAUAGGUUUCUUCUUUCUUCAUACAAAUGCUAAGUAAUGAAGAGAGAUGUGGAGGAAGAGCAGGGGUUGUAAGAUGUAAUUUAAUUUUUCAGCAUCUAAUAAGAAGAGGACUGUUGUGUCAUAACAUUUUUUUUUUUUGUUU